CCGCCCUCCGCGACCGCAUCACACUGGGCGGGAGCGCGGAUCCCUGCGCGGGGUUGCUAAGGGUGAAAGUUUGCCGUGAGUUGGCUCACUUGAGGCUAGGGUGCGGGCGGCUCUGGGCCGGCGGGCGGUGACAGGAGGGGCGACAGACGAGGAGAGGCGGCAACACCGGCACCCGCACCCCACCCCGGGCGUUCCGCACUACCGCCGGCCCUACCGCAGACCCCGGUCCCGCCCCGCGGAGGAGCCGUACCGCCGGGGAGAAGUCGAGGGAGGGGACGGGACGGGGCAGAGACCCGCACACACCGCCCGGGCUCCACCGCCAGCUCCCACGGCCUCGACAGCCGCCGGCCCUGGAGCCGAGGACGAAGUCUGUUUGGAGCCACAUCUUGUCUAUGUGUGUGUCACUUUGUCUCUUUUAAUACACUGCCCUGAAUUGCUUGCUGCGAAGGGAGUAUGCAUCUGGAGAUCAAAGUUGCUCUUAACUUCAUCAUCUCAUACCUGUACAACAAGCUUCCUCGGAGGCGGGCAGACCUGUUUGGUGAGGAGCUAGAGCGCCUGCUGAAGAAGAAAUAUGAGGGUCACUGGUACCCAGAGAAGCCUCUGAAGGGAUCUGGCUAUCGCUGCAUUCACAUCGGGGAGACGGUAGAUCCAGUGGUGGAGCUGGCAGCCAAGCGGAGCGGGCUGGCUGUGGAGGAUGUACGUGCCAAUGUGCCAGAAGAGCUGAGCGUCUGGAUCGAUCCUUUUGAAGUUUCCUACCAGAUAGGUGAGAAGGGCUCUGUUAAGGUCCUUUACCUGGAUGACAGUGAGGGCUGCAGCGCCAUGGAGCUGGACAAGGAAAUCAAGAGCAGCUUCAACCCUGACGCCCAGGUAUUUGUCCCCAUCGGCAGCCAGGAUAACUCUCUGUCCAACUCUCCAUCCCCCUCCUUCGGCCAGUCGCCCAGCCCCACCUUCAUCCCUCGCUCUGCCCAGCCCAUCACUUUCACCACUGCCACCUUUGCUGCCACAAAGUUCGGCUCCACCAAGAUGAAGAAGGGUGGAGGAGCCGGAGGAGGGGGUGGCGGAGCAGGCGCUGGGCAGCAGCCAAGGAUGGUCAGGUCUCCCACCACCAACCUGCUGAAGCACAAGGGUCUCUCCCUGUCUAUGCACUCUCUGAACUUCAUCGGCAGCACCGGGAGCCAAGCCCCACAGUCGCAGCUCUCCCCCAACGCCAAGGAGUUCGUGUACAGCGGCGGGUCACCGGCAGCCAGCAGCCUCUUCUUCGAUGGUGUUGCCAGCGAGAGCCAGGCCAGCAGCAUCCCGCCGGCAUCGCAGUUCAACACUGGCACGGGUGGUACCUUUGAUAUGGCUCAGGUCUUCGGUGGCAGCACCAACAGCCUCUUCUUGGAGAAGUCUCCCUUCGUGGAAGGACUCAGCUACAACCUGAAUGCCAUGCAGUAUCCCAGCCAGUCAUUCCAGCCUGUCGUCUUGGCCAACUGAACACAAGGAAAGAGAGUAUCUUGGGGCAGGGAGGGAGGGGGGAGAAACGAGAACAAAACAAACAAGAGGGAGAGAAAAAGAAAAUUAGAAAUACACAGAAAAUAUUCAAAUCUUAUAAAUAUAGCUUCUUGGGAAAAGAAAGAGCCCAGUGUUGUUGCGCUGUGCUGGCAACGCUCCUGAAGCACUGACUUGUUUUUUAACUCAGUCCCUAUGCUUUUUUCCUACUCACUUUUUUACUCUUUAAAUGAGCCUUGGGAUUUUUUUUGGUUCAUGUUUCCCCUUCCCCCAGCCCAGGACCGGUGCAACCAUAGGUCAUGAUACUGCUGAUUCCCUGCACCAUCCCCCAGCGCUGGACACAGGGUCCUUCCACCUGGGUGUAGGGAUGUCUUCCUUGUACCACCUCGCUGGAGGCUGGAGGAGGGAUGAGGAGAGGAUGAGUCAGUGGAGAUACACACGCUCCUGUUGCGUGCUAGCCAGAAAUGGGUGGGUGAGCUUGCUUGUUCUGUUACGGGUCUGCGUGUAGACUGGAGAGGAUCUACUGUGCCCAUGGGCGUAGACCACUGUGCUGUUUGUUGCUCAGCCCAGGCUGGCAUCAGCUGCUCUGUGUGCUGCGAAGCACUUACUACUCUCCUUGACCACCUCCCAGCACGUAGCAGGGAGGGCAGAGCAGAGCGUUACUGUGAAAUGGCUUCUUCCUGCUCCCUUCCUCACCUGCCCUUCCAGCUGUGGCUGCAGGAGGAUAGCCUUGAACUGAGUGGCUGUUAUUGUCCCCUUCUGAGUGAGGGGGCCUUGCUGUGCCCCCUCAGGGCUUGCCAGGCAGUCUGGGCUGGGUCUGAGUUCUCAUUCCCUGCUGUGAAUUCAUCAUCUUGUCUCAAAGAGGGGAUUCCUUCCUUUUUCUUUAGCAAGGCAGCACAACUUCAGAGGAAGAAGAAGGGCUGUGUUGUCAAAGCUGCUCUCUUGAGUGGUAGCAUAAGGGUUUAUGCUUUCAGUGAGAUACCCACCUGACUAAAUCCCCUCCCCUCCUCUGGAGAAGUGGGAAGAGGCAGCUGAUCCAGCAUAGAGGGGAAGCACCUAGCCCAAACUCACCAUUGCAGCCAGAUCACAUCAGUGCAGAUGGCAGUGGACUUAGAGCAGAGCCAGGUGCUUCAAAGGUGAGCAGUCAUCCUGCUAGGUCAGUGUACGGUGCCUCCCUGCCACAGGGCCAGGAUCCAGGAAUGCUCCUGCAGCUUUCCCCAGGGUGAUGUGCUGCAGCUGAGCCACAGUGGCUUUACAGCUAGGUUGUGUCUGUGUCAGGGACUAAGAAAGCCACCUUCACAGGGAGCUGAAGGAGGGAGGGCUGCUGCUUUCACCGCAGGGUGGAGGCUCUCUAGGUGGGAAGAAGGCCGCCUUGGAGGCUGUUGUGUUAGUAUGGAAGUGUGCAGAGAGAUGGAGAUGAUGAGACUCCAGUUUUUGAAGUUCUCACUUUAAAAGAAAAAUAAGCUGCUUUGUUUUUUUGUUGCUGCCUCCCAAACUUGAGGUUUGGUUUUCUUUCGGUGAUGUCUCUGGAGCACACACUGAAGCCCACUUCUGUAUUUGUCAAACCUGUGUGCUCUUUCAAGACAUCCCUGUUUCAGGGGAGGUGGGCUUGAACCCGGGCUUCUGCUCCUUCCCCUCAAGCUGAGACAAAGGCGCUUCAGCCCUCUUGUAGUUAACGCUGCCAGUGAGCCCCAGGGAGGCCUCCACUGCCCAGAGCUCUGCAGGGACAGUUCCCAGCACCCUGCCCCUCACUGGGUACUGGGGGCUGCACGGUCCCUGCCUCUCUUCCCGAGCAGACUACUUGCCAUGGAGCUAUGACCAACACGUAGGUGGGCAGGGAGCGUGGCUUCCCAAAACCAGCCUCUGCGGGCUUCCACAUCAGGCCACUUUGCUGAGGAAUGGCCGAGCAGUUGGGUUUCCCUUUUGUUUCCUUGUGUUUUUUGACCCCCCCCGCACUGAUGGACAUCACCACUGCUACUGCAUCCUCCUCCCGCUGUCCCCGCAUCCGGACAGCGCGCUCUCCUCCAGCAGAGGAGGAGAAAGGAGGAAGGAAAGGUUGGGAUAACCCCCCCGCCCCAGCUCUGUCCACCUGCUUAUGUGUGUGAAGCUUUGAUGCUGCUUUGCCCUGCCACACGUAUUCUACCUGCUUGAAAACACAGUGGUGUGAGUGAGGGGAAGGAGGGAGGAAGAAGAGGAGGGACCAACCUCUUUGUAUCUUAAAAGGAGAAAGUGCUUCAGAAGUGUUCCUCCAGCGUCAGGCAGCGAUGGAAACUUAACGGCCUUUGCGGGUCUUUUCUAGUCUUGGAUGUAGGCGUUCAGCUUCAAGUUUAUUUUUUAAAAACCUGCACUAAUUUCCCUGGUUUCUUAGGAAGAGAAGAGAGGAAACAAAAAUUCUUUUUUU